AUGGCGCGGGUAGGCGGCACGGGGGGGAAUGGGGUAAACGGGAGGAAGGGGGGAAUGGGGAAAGGGCUGAGGGCGCGGGUAGGUGGCAGAAAGGAGGGGGGUGGAGGAGGGAGGGGGGAGAGGGGGGAGGAGGGGGAAGGGAUGGAAGGGGGGGAGGAGGGUGCUUGGACACUGUUUUGGACCAUGGAGACUGGGGGAGUGCUGAACGAGGUGCAUCACCUCUCCCCUUCUCUCCCCCCCACUCCACUCCUCUCCACACCUCUCUACUCCUCUCUACUCCUCUCUACUCCUCUCUACACCUCUCUACACCUCUCUACACCUCUCUACACCUCUCUACACCUCUCUAAUCCUCUCUACUCCUCUCUACUCCUCUCCUACCCGCCCCCCAUCAGUUUUUUGGACGGUGGAGACUGGAGGAGUGCUGAACGAGGUGCAUCAUUUCUACUGCUAUCCUGCCCUGGUAACCUGUCAAAGCUGCUGGUUACAUUCGCAGGGAGUGGACUCGAAAGUCACCCCCUCUUUUUGAGUCCACUCCAAAUUCCGCUCUCCUCACUCCUGCUUCCCCCUGCCAACCCGCCCAACACACACAAGCGGGUGGAGGAGAGGGACGCAGUGCGAGCAGGCAUGGCGGGCAGCAGGGGGUGGUCUCAUAACAGCUUAAGAAGUAGGGAGGACUUAGAACCACCUUCCUCCCCCUUCCUCCUUCCCCCUUCCCCCUUGACGCACACAGGCGGGUGGGAGGAGAGGGACGCAGUGAGAGCAGGCAUGGCGGGCAGCAGGGGGUGGACUCAUGAGUACCUGCCUCUGGUGAAGCCAGCAUUCCAAUCGCAGGUAAGGCCGUGGGGGGGCAUUAGAGUGAACCCACUCACCAGGGUGGUCGAAUGGAUAGCAUUCCUGACUCACUUCAAUACGCAGCAGGCAUGGGGAACAGCAGCGAGUGGGCUCAGGAGUACCUCCCUCUUGUAA